AUGGAGUCGGGCUCCCGUAUUUAUUCGAAUCGUAUUUCUACUGAUACCGUUUUCGUGACAUGCGAAUAUCAAGCCACUGGAGGAAUCAUGGGCAUAAAUCGCAAGGGACAGGUGCUCUCAGUCUCAAUUGAUGAAAACAACAUGAUUCCAUUUGUCACACAACAGCUGCAGAAUCCUGAUUUAGCUCUUCGACUUGCUGUCCGUUGCGAUUUACCAGGUGCGGAGGAACUGUUUGUGCGCAAAUUCAACUUGCUCUUUGGUAACGGUCAGUUUGCUGAAGCUGCAAAGGUUGCGGCCACUGCCCCACAGGGCAUUCUUCGCACGCCACAAACAAUUCAGAAGUUCCAACAGUGUCCUGCCAACCCUGGUGGUGGUGCGUCACCGCUAUUGCAAUACUUUGGCAUACUGCUUGAUCAAGGAAAGCUGAACAAGUACGAGACUCUUGAACUGUGCCGUCCUGUUCUGGCGCAGGGACGCAAGGAAUUGCUGAACAAAUGGCUCAACGAUCAAAAAUUGGAGUGCUGUGAGGAGUUGGGAGAUCUAGUUCGUCCUCAUGACCCUACUGUAGCGCUGUCGAUUUACCUUCGUGGCAAUGUUCCGCACAAGGUGGUCCAAUGCUUCGCAGAAACUGGCCAGUUCGACAAAAUUAUUCUCUACGCAAAGCGUGUUGGCUUUGAGCCUGACUAUUUAUUCCAACUGAGACAGAUAUUGCGAUCAGGAAAUCAGGAAGCAGGAGCUAAGUUUGCUCAGAUGAUGGUGGUUGAGAGCGAAAAUGGAGAGCCCUUGGCAGAUUUGAACCAGAUCAUCGAUUGCUUCAUGGAGGUGCAGGCAGUGCAACCUUGCACUCAGUUCUUGCUCGAAGUACUCAAGGGUGACAAACCAGAGGAAGGCCAUUUGCAAACGCGUUUGCUUGAAAUGAAUCUGCUGGCUGCUCCGCAAGUCGCGGAUGCUAUUCUUGGAAACAAGAUGUUCAGCCACUACGACAGACCACAGAUUGGACAGCUGUGCGAGAAAGCUGGAUUGCUCCAACGCGCUCUGGAACACUUCACAGAUUUGUACGAUAUCAAGCGCACUGUCGUGCACACAACACAUUUCAAACCAGAUUGGUUGGUCAACUAUUUUGGCUCUUUGUCCGUGGACGAUUCACUCGAGUGCCUGAAAGCUAUGCUCACACAAAACAUUCGUCAAAAUCUACAGGUUGUGGUCCAAAUUGCUUCUAAAUAUCAUGAGCAGCUGGGCACUGAAAAGCUGAUUGACAUGUUUGAAACUCACAAGAGUUACGAGGGAUUGUUCUAUUUCCUUGGAUCGAUCGUCAACUUUAGCCAAGAUCCAGAAGUGCACUUCAAAUAUAUCCAGGCUGCAACCCGCACUGGUCAAAUCAAGGAAGUAGAGCGCAUUUGCCGUGAGUCGAACUGCUACGACGCAGAACGUGUGAAGAACUUCCUCAAGGAAGCCAAGCUUGCUGAUCAGCUACCAUUGAUAAUCGUCUGUGACCGUCAUGACAUGGUCCAUGAUCUCGUGCUGUAUCUAUACAGAAAUCAACUGCAGAAGUAUAUCGAGGUUUUCGUGCAAAAAGUCAACGCUGCCCGUCUUCCCAUAGUUGUAGGAGGUCUGCUUGAUGUUGACUGCUCUGAAGAUGCUAUCAAGCAAUUAAUUCUCAAUACGCGUGGAAAAUUCGACAUUGACGAGCUGGUGGCGGAAGUUGAGAAGAGAAACAGGCUCAAAUUGCUUUCUCAUUGGCUCGAAUCUCGCGUGCAAGAUGGCGCUACAGAUGCAGCCACCCAUAAUGCAAUGGCGAAGAUCUACAUUGAUGCGAACAACAAUCCCGAUCGAUUCCUCAGAGAGAAUCCUACUACGACAGUCGCGUGGUUGGAAAGUACUGUGAAAAGCGUGAUCCCCACUUCGCUUUCCUUGCGUAUGAGCGCGGUCGUACAAACUGCUCUUUCUGAAACCCAAGACCCAGAAGACAUAUCGGCAACUGUCAAGGCCUUCAUGGCAGCUGACCUUCCAAAUGAACUCAUCGAGUUGCUCGAGAAAAUUGUUCUCGACAACUCUGCCUUCUCGGAACACCGCAAUCUGCAGAACUUGCUCAUUCUUACUGCAAUGAGGGCUGAUCGCUCUCGGGUGAUGGAGUACAUACAAAAACUCGACAACUACGAUGCUCCAGAUAUCGCCAAUAUCGCAAUCUCCAGUGAACUCUAUGAGGAGGCCUUCGCUAUCUUCAAGAAGUUCGACGUGAACAACAGUGCCAUCAAUGUGCUGAUUGACAAUGUUGCGAAUCUCGAUCGUGCCUAUGAGUUUGCCGAGAAGUGCAAUCAGUCUGAUGUCUGGGCGAGUCUGGCCAAAGCGCAGCUGAGGCAAGACAUGGUCAAAGAGGCGGUCGACUCAUUUAUUAGGGCUGAUGAUCCAGGAGCAUAUAUGGAAGUUGUUAGCAAGUGUACUCAGACUGAGCACUGGGAGGAUCUCGUUCGAUUCCUCCAGAUGGCCCGCAAGAAGUCUCGAGAGUCGUACAUUGAAACUGAGCUGGUCUACGCCUUAGCGAAGACUGGUCGCCUCACCGAGUUGGAAGAAUUUAUUUCGGGUCCAAAUCAUGCUCAAAUUGGCCUGAUUGGUGAUCGGUGCUUUGACAAUGGAAUGUACGAGGCGGCGAAAAUUCUUUUCAACAACAUUUCAAACUUUGCCAAGUUGUCCGUCACCCUUGUUCGUCUCGGAGAAUACCAAGGAGCCGUCGAUGCAGCCCGAAAAGCUAACAGCACCAAGACGUGGAAGCAGGUAGCCAAUGUGGAGUUGUACUACAAGGCGAUGCAGUUUUAUUUGGAUUACAAACCAUUGCUCAUCAAUGAUCUGUUGGCAGUGCUCUCUCCACGACUUGAUCACUCGCGAACUGUUCAAUUCUUCUCGAAACUGAAGCAUAUACCACUCAUCAAGCCAUAUUUGAAACAAGUGCAGAAUCUCAACAACAAGGCAAUCAAUGAGGCUUUGAACCAACUUCUCAUAGAUGAGGAAGAUCACGCGGGUCUGCGUGCCUCGAUUGAUUCGCAUGACAACUUUGAUAACAUUUCCUUGGCGCAACAACUGGAGAAUCACCCGCUUGUCGAGUUCAGGCGAAUUUCGGCCUAUCUUUUCAAGGGCAACAACCGAUGGAAACAGUCGAUUGAGUUGUGUAAGAAGGACAAAUUGUACAAGGAUGCGAUGGAGUACGCUGCUGAGUCGAGGUCGAGCGAGUUAGCUGAAGAGCUGAUUGCGUUCUUCCUCGAAGAGCGUCUGUACGAAUGUUUCGCUGCCGCCCUCUACCACUGUUAUGAUCUUCUCCAUCCUCAUGUAAUCCUUGAGUUGGCGUGGAAGAAUAAGAUCACCGACUAUGCGAUGCCAUAUAUGGUACAGGUGUUCCGCGACUUCCAGAUUCGCAUAGAACGCUUAGAACGCGCUGAAGCUGAACGAAAGGAUGAGCAGCGAGAACAGCAACAGCAAAAUGGCAUGACCAUGGAACCGCAAUUAAUGCUGACGUACGGCGGUGCGGCGAUGCCUCCGAUGGCUUUUGCUCCUCCACAGAAUCCGUACGUGCCGCCACAAUACGUCCCGCAGCCACCGCAUCCAGGUGUUCCCGGUCCUUUCAUGUAG